GCACCCACAUUGCCAUCAAGGCCCGAAGAGUGGACGAGGCCCUCUACUUUAACUGGAAAAGCUAUCACUCCCUCUGAAAAUCCAACUUGUUUGUGAUGUGAAUGGAGUGAUCCUCAGCUACUGCUUCAGAUUCCCAGUUGCCUUGGAAAGUGCAUUCCUGGCUGAGUGUGGUGCGUGUGCCUGCUACUCGUGUGGUGGUGCUGCUGCUGCGUGAAGCCUCUGCCGUGGGAACCCACCACAAAUAGCUAAUGGAUUCUGUAUGACGGGAUCAGCAGCAGACAGAAUUGCAGUGAUGUAUUAACAUGCCUAGGCAGUGCAGUGCAGACUCCAAGGCUCCCCAAGUGUACAGCAUUGUUGUGUGUGUGGAUGGGGUGUGUGUGCCAGACUCCUCACACUCUGUAUUGUAUCGCUGGGCAAGGUCACCUACUAUUGAGACAGUAGCUCUUCUUUGGUCAUUGCCAGGCUCUCUUUUGGAUCUUCAUGGCAGUUUCCACAACAGCAAACACUGCAAGCUUGACCACACUGAUCUUGUCUCCAGUGAAGCUAAGAGUGGGAAUGUUUUUACCAAGGCCUUUGUUGGAGGCGUCCCCUGUGAUAUAGUGGACGACAACCUGGAGCUCUGUGACACACUGACAAGGGAGAAGGUUACUUGUCGCUCCAAGGCUAAGCUGGUCGGCCCCAUGAAUGUCACUGUCUGCGUUACCGGAAGAGGCGCGUCUGAAGUGACCAAGAUAGGAAGGUACGUGGACUCCCAGGACAGGCUGUACCAGUUCCUCACAUAUGCUGUGAUGUGCUGAGUUGGGCAGGAAUAUGAGAUGUAAGCAUUGGUGACCACUCAUGCUUGCCCACCCCGCUGAUUGACAACCUUGGUGAACUUUGGAUUUUUUUUAAAGCCAUCACUAGCAGACCUCUUGGGUGGUUUCCAAGACCCCAGCUUGGCCUUCAAGACACUUAACCAUACCAGGGUCUUCCUCCAGCAGCUCACCAGAAUAUAACUGGAUAACUUGCCUGCUGCCAGCACCUCCAGGCCUCUAGAGGUUGUGGCACCACAGCCUGCACAGCCCCUCAAAUCCCCAACAAGAACAAGAACACAACAGGGUAGUGGGAGUGAUGGCUUCAAGACACACUGCCACUGUACAGGGCAGCUGUUACUCUUGUACAUCAUGUGCUGCUUACAAGACUGUGCCUAAAAAUCUGAGAGGAAAAAGUAAAAGCUCACAGGACUGGUUGACGAGACAGCUAAAUGACCCUUAUGUGAAGUUGACCAAGCAACAUCAGCGCAGGCAUUGUCCAUGAUGCUUCCUUUGUUGUGGUUCCAUCAUGGCAGGCAUGGAAGUGCCUCUCACUGCAUCACCGCCUCAUGAUCAUUGAGAGCAUGGACACAGACACUGAGGCCCUAGUGGGUACGUGGACCUCCUCAAUGGACAGAUGGACAGAGGCUGGUGUGCUGGCUACAUGUAUCAGGAGCAAAUCUCAACCUUCUUCUCCGUUGUGGCAUCAGGGAUGACAUAUGAGAUGGCCAUGACCAGCAUGCCCCUUCAGGAGCUGCAUCUCUAACCUGACCUCACCACACUGACCCUCCACUCACAUCACAUCUUCAGGUGCUGCGUCUGCACCUGCCACACAGUCCAUCCUCUGAGGCCGUUGUCCUGCUCAUCUUCCCAAAGCCUCAGCGUUAUGACACCUAUGUGGAUGGUGUCUUUGUUCCCCCAGCCAACCUCAACACCUCUGCAGCCGGC